AUGGACGAAAAAAGUCGCCUUCCUCCCUACGCGCCGUACUCGCCCCCGCAGGCCUCGGCCGAGUCGCACCUUCCUCUUGGCAACAAUGGCUGCCGGGCUCGGCGCCGACGCGGCCUUCGUCGCAGCAGAGCCAUCAAGUUUUUCGCUCUCGCAUGCUUGUCGCUCCUUGUCCUGGCGCAGUGGAAGCAGAUCCGGCGCUCCAACCGCCAUUCCGUCAAGCUCUCUGCCGAAAAGCUGAACGAGAAUCUGGCCACGUGCAAGACGCUGCGGCACAAGCCGCGGGACCCCAUAGGCUCGGGUCGCGACAAGAGCGCAAGGUUCGUCGACGGCGGCAAGCCCACGCUCAUCCAGAAUGCUACUAUUUGGAUCGGCGAGCCUGUCGAGGGCACCAGCAACGAGGAUGCCCGGGCGGGUAAGGGCUGGGGGUGGACCAAGGGUGACGUCUACUUGGAGUACGGCCUCAUCAAAAAGGUCGAGCGGCAUAUCUCGCUGGGCUCGCUGCCUCGGGAUACUCAGUUUUACAAUGCAGAGGGUCGACUACUCACAAGUGGCAUCAUUGACAUGCACAGCCAUGCGGGCGUCUACUCCAUGCCUGGGCUGCGCGGCAACUCUGAUGGCAAUGAGUUCUCCAGCCCCGUUACGCCCUGGACCCGUGCCAUCGACGGGCUCUACGUCUUUGACCCCCAGAUCGAGGUGAUCAAAUCCGGGGGUGUGACCACUUCGCUCAUCUUGCCGGGAUCGAGCAACAAUAUUGGUGGCGAGGCUUAUUUGAUCAAACAUGCCGUUGGCAAAAAGGAGGGCCGCAACGAGUUCAGUGCGGCAGACAUGCUGGCCGACCCUGAGCGUCACUGGCGUUACAUGAAGAUGGCAUGUGGUGAGAAUCCGAAGCAGUCAUUCUCCUCCGGUGGCCGCAUGACAAGCCGCUUGGGCGAAAGCUUCGAGUUCCGCCGCGCAUUUGAGAAGGCGCGCGACUUGGUCCAAAGGCAGGAUGACUGGUGCGACAAGGCAGACGCUGUGGGCGUUGACAACAUGGAUAGCUAUCUCCCGGAAGAGCUUGCGUGGGAGUCUCUGGGCGCUGCGAUGCGCGGCCAAGUUCACAUCAACACUCAUUGCUAUACUGUGCCCGAUUUGGAAGCCAUGGUCGACCAUACCAAUGAGUUCAAAUUUGCUAUCUUGAAGCGCACCUGGGGUGGCCGACCGCCUGCUUCGGCCCUCUUCGCCGACAACAUGUACUACAAGAUGGAGGCAUAUGUUGGCUCCGAGUUUGCCGGCAAGAUCUUGUACCAAGAGGGACUGACACCCGUGUACGUGAGCGACAAUCCCGUUCUCAAUGCGCAGCACGUCCUCUUUGAAGCCGCCAAGGCCUACCACUACGGGUUGCCGUAUCACGCUGCUCUCGCCAGUGUCACAACUGCCCCGGCGGAUGAAUUGGGCAUGGGCCAGCGCUUGGGCAAAGUCAAGCCUGGAUACGAUGCCGACGUCGUGGUCUGGGACAGCGACCCUCUCAGCGUCGGAGCCACGCCCGUGCAAGUUUGGAUUGAUGGUACCGCCCAGUUUACGGCGCCUGUGUACCUAGACAAGCCGAUCCAAGGCCCCAUUGGCCCUGAUGCCACUCUCGCCGACAUUGUGUCUGAGCCGACGCAGGUCGCUGAUGCUCUGUUCAAAGGGGUCACCAAGGUUCUCCUCUCCGGCGACGACGCGUAUAAUACCGGCGGCGAAGCAUCCAAUGUCGCCGUAUCCGAGGGAAAGAUCACCUGCAUCGGGACUUGCACGUCUGAAUUCGAAGCCGCCACCGCUGCCGGCGUAAAGGUUGUCCAGCUCAACAACGGCUACCUCACUCACUCCUUCACCGGCGUCGGCGGCACCAUUGGGCUCAACGCCAUCGAUGCCGAAGACUCGACAGACAACGGCGACACCAAAGAAAAGUUCACCCGUGCCGUCGACGGCCUCCAGCUUGAUAACAAGAAGCUUCGUGUCGGCGCAAGAUAUGGCGUGACCCGGGCCAUUUCCGCACCCAAGUUUAACGGUCUGAAGACGCACCACGGCACCAGCGUCGGCUUUACGACUUCUGCGCUCACAAGCCUCGAAAAGGGCGCCGUGUUUGCAGAGGACGCCGCCGUUCACUACACCCUGGACCUGAAUGCCCGCACGGACGGCAAGAGCUACAGCGAAGCCUUUGGCGCGCUGCGCAAGAAGCUCCUGGACGCGGGCAAGUCUGACGAGGAGCCCGAGGCAUACUCCGAGGCGGCGUACCUGAAGAGGGUCGUUUCCGGCAACCUCGUUCUCGCGCUGACCAUCAACUCUGCCGACGGAAUUGCCUCUGCUCUCCGCAUCAAGUCCGAGGUCGAGGGGGCGCUCAAGUCCAAGAUCAACAUGGCCGUCAUGGGCGGCGCAGAGUCCUAUCUCGUGGCCGCAGAACUGGCCGCGGCGUCUGUCGGCGUCAUCCUCCAGCCUCUGCAGCCCAUGCCCCAGACGUGGGACCAGAGACGCGCGCUCUCCGGCGCGCCGCUUACCAAUGGAACGGCGGCGGAUUGGCUCGUGACGGCCGGCGUCACGGUCGCCGUGGGCUUGCCGGAGGACUGGUACGUGCGUGACCUGGGCUUUGAAGCAGGCACCGCAUAUAGAAACGGCAACGGGAGGUUUACGGAGAAGUCGGCGCUGGACCUGGUGAGCCGGAAUAUCUACAAGAUCCUGGGCGUCAGGGUGGACGAGGACGAGGACAAGGGCCACUUUAUGAUUAGCGAGGGCAGUCCGUUGGAGAUUGGGUCGAGGAUUCGAGCGGUGGCGGCCGGCAACGGCAGGGUCUCGGUGUUUGUAUAG